GUCUCUCCAAGAUGGCGGAGGCCGGUGGCGGCCCGGUGCGGCUGCGGCUGCACUUCGACUACCCGCCGCCGGGCAGCCCGGGCUGCGCGCUGUGCUGGCUGCUGCUGGAGCCCAGCCAGGUGCGCCUCGUCACCGACCUCGCCAGCCUCAUCCGGCACAGGUUCGGCUUCAGCCGCCGGGCCCGCCUCAGCCUCUUUCUGGAGGGGGCGUUGCUGCCCCCCACCGAGAGCGCCCGCCUCGUGCGGGACAACGACUCGCUGCGAGUAAAAUUGGAAGAGGUAGUCGCGGAUGAUUCCGAAAAAAUAAAUGAUGGCUUCUCUUAUACACCAAAAGAUGGCAAAAAAAGGUGCAGACAAAAGCAGCAAGAGGAAGAAUUCCCUAGAAAUGAACAAUGCAGGCACAAAGGGCAAAGGAAAAAGAAUAAGCAUGAUCCUGAGUAUUCCUCUUGUAGGGAAGAGGCUGCUGUAGAUGGCAGGGACUCUCACAAAAGGCUUGAGAAAAGGAAAAGAAAGGAAGUUAAUGGGAGAAACAGACUCACAGAAGGUAAGGAAGAGAGCUCUACUGACCAAUCUAAAAAGCUUAAGAAAAUGAAGAGGGAGAAGCAGUUGUCAACAAAAAAGAAUGAUGGAAAGCAGACCAAGGCAGCUGCAGCAAAGAUGGCUUUAGAACAGGCAAAGGAGAACGUUACUCUAAAUGCUACUAAAAGCAACAUCAAAAAAAUCACAGCACAGUGCAGAAAAAAGGGGAUGGAAUCUUCAGAUUCCUCCAGCACGUCGUCAGACACUGACAGCAGUGAAUUAAAUGUGAAGCAAAAUAAAUCUUCCCCUAAGCCUGUGGUGGAAAUACCUCCCAAAGACAGAUCCCAGGUUGCUGCAAAUUCUCAUGUGAAAACUCCUGUUUCUAAUAAAGUGCCUGUAAACGCCAACGCUGCGAGUUCCACUAAGACUGCAGUCAGUAAACAGGCUAAAAAGUCCCAGUCCUCCAGUUCAGAUUCUGACUCGAGUACAGAGGAUGAGAAAGUGGAAACAGCACAAGACAGCACUGCAAAGGACAAGUCGCUGCCUCGCAAGGCGGCAGCUGUAAAAACCAGCAGCACCAAGGCUCCCGAAGGACAGACGUCCUCGUCAGAGUCCGAGAGCUCGGAUUCAGAAACACUUGUUAUUAAAAAAUCUGCAGCAAAUCCUGGACUGAAUAAUUCCAUAGUAAGAAACUCUGCUAAGCAGUUGCCAAGCAGUAUGCAAGGACCACUCGCCAGCACAGGGCGUGGAAGGGGGCGUGGAACAGGAGAGGAGAACUUCUGGAGGGAACCUAGGGGCCGUGGGUAUCGUGGGAUGAUGAGGGGCCAAGGCCGUGGCAGAGGAGCAAACCUUGGCUUCUUCUAUAACUACAGCAGUGAAGGCCAGAAAGAGAGGCAGUUAAAUGAAGCUGCAACAAAUGCUUCUGUUCUCAUCCAGAAUCCCUUGGAGGUCCCCAAGAGAGACUACAGUGUGUUACCUCUUCUAGCUGCUCCACCACAAGUGGGAGAAAGAAUUGCCUUUAAGCGCCUGGAACUAACUGAAAAUUACAGUCCUGAAGUUUCAGACUAUAAGGAGGGAAAAAUAAUCAGUUGGAAUGCUGAUAAAAACCAGAUUGAGCUGGAGAUCCUUUCGUUGCCAUCAGGACAGGUUGCUAAAGAGCCAGGGAAGUUUGAUCUGGUUUACCAAUCUGCUGAUGGAGCAGAACUGAUCGAGUACGCUGUUCCUCAGGACACAAAGAUAACUGAAAGGUGGGAUGCACUGAUAGAGCCAAGACUGAUUGUUGAGCCUGCAGUUAAUGGAUCCAGCAUUGAAAAUGGAACCAUCUAAAAUGUGACCAAAUGUAAAGAACUGGACAGACUUGUGAAAUGCUGCUUUCUAGUUCUGAGGGCAGCAGAGGCACUGGUGGGUCUUUUUAAUAAGUGGUUUUAAAAAGACUAUCCCAAAAGAAAAGGAAUCACUGUUUUUGUAAUACAGGAACUUUGUUUAUUAUAGAAAGUCUUUAAUAUAAGUCUGUUGGGUUUUUUUUUUCUGAAUGGAAGCCUAAUAAUUGUUUUUAAUAUCUUACUGCUACAAGCUGCAGAGCUGGGAUGGUUUGAUCAAAAAGAUGAGAUGUGACCUUGUACUGUCAGUAACUCCAUUGAAAGGGCUGGUUUGGCUGGAGUUGUGUAGCUGCUGUCCAGAGGCAGCUGGCUGUAAGGGUAACGAAACCCAACGUUUAAAAAUGAAUUAGAAAUACUGCAGGUGCACACAUCUCUGCAGCUGCAGAGCAGGAUGGAAAAGCCAAGACCUUGCAGCUGUUUAAGGGUGCACCAGAACACGUAGAUUUCAAGAGGCAGGUAACUGUCAACUUUGCCUAGAACCAGUGGAAUAUAACGUGAAUCCCUGUCCCACUGUGCUAAUCUGUGUAGGCUCUGGAAACCUGUUGCCCUUAAAGGGCUGAAGUUUCUGUGCUCUCUUCUCUAAUGAGUCACCAGGCAGCACCUUCACAAGCAUCUCUGCUAAUGAUUAGUACCUCCAUUAGUCACCAUUAGGAUGUGCAGCUUGGCAAGUCCUACAGUUGAAGAUAAUCACUAUCUGGGGUAGUUUUGACUCCUAAACAGAAGUCCUGGGGAAAAACAAGCCCAACCUAGAUACAAGCAAACACCUGGAAAAUUGUUCUUGGUGGUUUAGUAAACAUGUGCUCUGACCUGUGCAUGAUUACACUCAACUAUUCCACACCUUUGUGUUAUCCCUAUUAAAAUGUUUGUGAAGGAAUCGUUUUUGGUAUGAGU